UAGAAAGGCCAUUUUGAAAAGGACUAAAUUUUAACAUCCAUAUGUUCAUUCUGAGGGUCUGGCGAAAUUGUGUCAUACCUAUCUAAAAAAUAAAGAAGUUAUAAAUGCUUACAGAUGACAAAAAAAACAUCGCAAUUUUAAAAGAAUGUUCUCAAUUUCGAGUUCACUUGUAAAUAAUAGUCAUCAAAAUUACAAUACACAAGUUUGAACUCAAACUUACCAUAAAAUAUAAUAAAUAGAAAACGAUUAAUUUGUUCAAUGAAAAACAUUUGCAAAAGCGGAGAGUGUAAAGAUUAAGAAAAUCUUACCAAGUAUAUGUGUAGGUAAGUUGUAAAAUACCGUGUUAUUAAACAAAGGGAUCAAAUUUAUUUUGCAGAAAAUGGUGACAAAAAUCGGCACCCAAUUUCGAAGAUGAGAAUGUAUACUGUUCAAAUAUAUUACAGUAGCAUAAGAAUAAGUCAAGUAUCCAAUGGCGGAAUCAACAUCACCAUUACCGCCAUCUAACAGAAAUACAGGACGAGAUACAAAUCAAGAGUCUGAGAUGGAUGACCGAGAUAUAUUUGAUACUCCUAGGGAGGAAAUAGACGAGGGAGACAUUAUCGAAAGUAAAACAGAUGAACAGACAAACGGGAAUGACACUUCUCGUUCAAGAACUUCACGAACAAACGGAAAUGACACUUCUCGUUCAAGAACUUCACCAACAAACGGGAAUGACACUUCUCGUUCAAGAACUUCACCAACAAUCGGGAAUGACACUUCUCGUUCAAGAACUUCACCAACAAACGGGAAUGACACCUCUCGUUCCAGAACUUCACAAACAAACGGAAAUGACACUUCUCAUUCAAGAACUUCACAAACAAAACCACGGAUGAUUGAUUCAGAAACUGAAGACACCAGUGGAAAAGACACAUCACACCGAAACAACUUUGAAAAUAAAAUUAAAGAUGAAAGAAAUAAUGCCACGGUUCAUUCAAAAAAAGAGACAGAGCGAAAUAAAUAUUCAAAGGAAGAAUUAUUAGAUGGAAAUAAUACAACACUUUCAAACCAGAAUAAUAAAAAAGAAGAAAUUGUGAAAUCUGAAGAAUAUGACGACGAAAACGAGAACGACACGUCACGUUCUGAAAGUUUUGCAAAUGUCCAGAAGUUAGAAAAAGAAAAAGAAUCAGUUUCAAAUGAUGGAAACAUUAAAAAUGACUCCAAGCAACCGACAUUUUCCGAAAAUCAAAAAGAAAACAAGGACAGCUUAAAGAGUCCUUCACGAGGAUCAAUAAAGAUUAAAAAUGUAACUUCAUCAGCUAGUGAAAAAAAUUCUGACAGUGAUAGAUAUACCGAUAGCGAGACGACAGGCGGUAAAUCGUCAUUAAGUGAGCAUACGCCAAGAAGCCAGACAAAAAAGUCGGAAAAGAAACCAAAACGUAGUUUGAAGUCUCCUAAACCUACAAAAUCCAAAAGUAUUCUGAAAACUGAAGAAUCCAAGCCUCAUAAACAUCUAGCCUUCAUGGCAUCUUUAGUUGACGAUGGAACUUCUCCCCGCCAUCCGACAAGAGGCAGUGGUGAAAGUGCUGUCGUUUCAUUGCCAGCAAUAAACCGACAAAAUGUUAUAAACAAGGUAUACGUGGAUGACACAGAUAAAAUAGUAAACAAAUAUCCUAAACGUGACAAGGAUUUUAAGUUGGAAUUUGUAUAUGACCUAAGGCCAAAAUAUCCGUCUUGGUAUGAACCUGAAAAAAGGUUGAGUCGCCGAGAAGAAAAAGUCUUCAGCGAUAUUUCUGGCGUAUAUGCAGAUUAUAAACAACAGGACGAACGCCAUCUGUCGAAGACAAAGACAAUGGACGAUAGAGUGAAAAAGCUUGAGAAAUUAAAGAAAGAGGAACUCAAAGCGAGAAGAAAGAAGAAAUUAGCAACAGCUUAUGAACAAUAUGAACAGUUAAAAGAGGUUCGCGAAAAAUUCGAUAUCAUGUGUUGGUAUCGUAACCAAACGCAAUAUAUUACUCCAAGAGUUUUAGAACAUGAAAAAUUGAGCCGACAUCUCUAUGGACUUCCAGAAUCUUUAAAAGAACAAGAAAAAUUGAUAAAAAAUCUGAAACGCAAAACAAAGAAACGGCAGAAGAAUGGAAAUCGAAUUAACAGUCAUUGAUAAAUAAAUUCAAUUCAAUUCAGUCUACAUGUGUAUGAACACAAUACUAAGAAUGGGAACUGCCAUGAUUUUGCAAAAUACACACUUUUAAUUUAAUAUUCUUUGAUAUCUAUAGUUGUUCUUAUAUUGGUACAUUUUGCAUUUAUAAGUGGAUAUUUAUAUAAAUAAGCGGACGUCAAAGGGGACUUGGA